UUCAUCACAGCUAGUAUGGUUUACCUGCUGAAAAAGACAGGAGAAACCAUGCAGCGGUCAGAGGGCGGCUCAGAGUCAGCGUCCACUGUGGCGCUGAGAACGUCCACUUCAGCCCAGGCGCCGGUGGUUCAGCCCGUUCCCGCCUCUCAACAGCGUGUGUUAGUUCAGGCCACCGGCUCUUCCCAGAAGGGAGCUCAGGUGCAGCAGUUGCCAGUGCCUAGAGUGCAACAGGUCCCUCAGCAGGUUCAACCCGUUCAGCAUGUGUACCAGUCUCAGGUGCAGUACGUGGAAGGGGGCGAGGCCGUCUACCCCAAUGGCACAAUUCGUACUGCAUACUCGUAUAACCCAGAGUCCCAGCUGUAUGGACAGGGCAGUGGAAGCACCUAUUUUGACUCUCAAGCGGGGGGUACUCAGGUUACCACAGUCGUCUCGUCUGCUGGCGGAGUUCCUGCCCACAGCAUGGUGGGAAUCGCCAUGGACGUGGGCAGCAGUCAGAUCAUUUCCAGCGGCAGUGCCUACCUGAUUCACGGCGGGAUGGAGAGUGGCCGCCACCACACCUCUCACUCCUCACGCUCCUCAUCCGCGAUGCUUGAAAUGGCGAUUGAAAACCUCCAAAAGUCAGAAGGGAUUGCCACUCACAAAAGCAGCCUGCUCAACAGCCAUUUGCAGUGGUUGCUGGAUAAUUAUGAGACGGCUGAGGGUGUGAGUCUGCCACGCAGCUCUCUCUAUAACCACUACCUGAGACACUGUCAGGAGCAAAAACUGGAUCCGGUUAAUGCCGCCUCUUUUGGCAAACUCAUCCGCUCUGUCUUCAUGGGCCUUCGCACACGCAGACUUGGCACCAGGGGAAACUCAAAAUACCAUUAUUAUGGCAUUCGUCUAAAGCCUGACUCGCCUCUCAACCGCUUGCAGGAGGACACGCAGUACAUGGCAAUGAGACAACAACCUGUCCAUCAGAAACAGAGGUUUAAGCCCUUUCACAAGAUGGAUGGGAUGGGGGACAGUCUAAACAGCGGCUCCCAGCAUUCGUCCAGUACCCCUGAGCAGAGCGUGGCGGCCCAGAGCCAGCAUCACCAGCAGUACAUUGAUGUGUCUCAUGUCCUUCCCCCCUUCCCUUCACCUGAUCUGGGCUCGUGUCCUCUGCCUGAGCCAAUUAGCGUGAACGAUGUGAAAAAACUACAGAGCAACUACAGGAUUCAUUGUGAGGCGACUCUGGACGUAGUGAUGAACUUGCAGUUCCAUCUCAUAGAGAAGCUAUGGCAGACCUUUUGGUAUUCAACAGCGCCAUCUAGUGACGGAGCCACUACCAUUCCUAACAGUGAAGAGGAUGUGGAGGACAUCAGAGGAUUCCCCAGAGAGAAGCUGAUCGCUCUGUGUAAAUAUGAGCCAAUCAAACAGUGGAUGAGGAGCUGUGAUCACAUCCUGUAUCAGGCACUUGUGGAGAUCCUCAUCCCUGAUGUACUGCGGCCUGUUCCCAGCACCCUCACUCAAGCUAUCAGAAACUUCGCUAAGAGUCUAGAGGGGUGGCUGACCUCAGCCAUGACUGACUUCCCACAGGAGAUUGUCCGUACUAAGGCUGCAGUUGUGAGUGCGUUUGCGCAGACCUUGCGCCGUUACACCUCUCUGAAUCAUCUGGCUCAGGCGGCUCGAGCCGUCCUGCAGAACACCUCACAGAUCAACCAGAUGCUCAGCGACCUCAACAGAGUGGACUUUGCUAACGUGCAGGAGCAGGCGUCCUGGGUGUGCCAGUGUGAUGAGAGUGUCGUCCAGCGUUUGGAGCAAGACUUUAAGGUGACCCUGCAGCAGCAGAGCUCUCUGGAUCAGUGGGCCGCCUGGCUGGAUAACGUCGUCAACCAGGUGCUGAAACCCUUCGAUGGCAGUCCCAGCUUCCCUCGCGCUGCACGCCAGUUCCUGCUCAAGUGGUCCUUUUACAGCUCCAUGGUGAUCAGAGAUCUGACUCUGCGCUCGGCCGCCAGCUUUGGCUCCUUCCACCUCAUCCGUCUGCUCUAUGAUGAAUACAUGUUCUAUUUGGUAGAACACCGUGUCGCCCAUGCAACCGGAGAGACGCCCAUUGCUGUCAUGGGGGAGUUCAGUGACCUCAGUUCAAUGAUGCCAUCACUCAUGGAGAAAGAUGCCUCAUUCUCAGACGAUCUGGCCAGCGAUGGAGACAUGUCGAGGAUGAGCGAGAGGAGUAUGAGCGAACCGGCGGUGAAGAGAGAGAGAAUUGAGAUCAGUCACUCCCUGCAGGAGAUCUAAGAGCAGAGCGUCAGCCUCACCCCAGACCCAGCCGGACCACCACAUUCUUAUGUGUGUGUGUGUGUGUGUGUACAGACGGCUGCCGGUGGCGAAGCUAACGCUUAGCCGUGAGGUUUUCUUUAUCUUGAGGGUACGUAGGUCUGUUUAGGGUCAGUGUCUCUCUCUCUCUCUCUCUCGCCUUUAGGUUUUCUGCGACUGUGAAUCAAGAACGUGCUGGUUUUGUGAUGUGUUAUUUCAUGUGCCAUAGUCUUUCAGUGCCUUAGAUGAGAAAAGAAACACUAGAGCAGAACUGUCUCUCUCUCUCUCUUUCUCUUUGACUUUCUCUCGUUCUGUCGUUUCCUCGGCUGUGCCUCUAACCGCAGAAUGAAUGUAUCGUCUCAGAACCUCAGAUGUGUCUAAAGCACCUUUUUUAAAGAUGGUCACAUUUUUAGACUUUCUGCCUCGGCCGUUUCCUCGCGGUUCCUCAGGCGUAGAUGCAACCUGCUGACCCCAAAGCCGCCCGUUCAGCUGCAUCGCAGCGUCGACCCAAACCUGCUGCACAUGCAAAGCCUUUCCACAUCGAAACGGAUGGAGAACGCUCCAUUCCAGCCGUUUUGUAAAUAAACCCCUGGCCAUAUGAGAUGCCUAGUCUAUACCUCAACAGUUUUUAGUUCUAACGAGUUAACUUUUAAUAAUACGUUUUAUAAAAAUCACUAUAAAAGAGAUUAUUCGACUGUUUGUUCCAAUCGGUUGCCCUGAAAGCACCCCAUUCUCGUUCGAAAGCUUCAGGAUGUACAUACGCCUACUGUGUUGAUGGUUACUGCUCUGUUCUGGAUCAACCCGAGCAAAGCAGUUUCCACCAAAAAUGGUUUGUGAAACUUUUUGGUCUAGUUUUGUAGUUAUUUGAUGAGUUCUUAGUUGUUUGCAGUGGUUAAAAAGAGCCUCGGUGAUUUGUCGAUAUAUUGAACGUACCUGUGCGUGAGCGUGCAUCUGUACACAAGGCCUUCUGAAGUAACUGGAAGUGAGUCUGCACUCACCAGGUUAUGACUAGUUGUGUGUCGUUUUUAUUAAAAACGAACAUAUGUACCUGAGCUUUUUUUUUUUUUUUUUAAAUUAAGAUUAAAAGAAUUUCUUUGCAUAACAUAUUUAAGUAGAUAUUGUGUAUAUGUAAUAAGCAAAAAACGUAAACGCUACGUUAAUAGCUAAAAACGUCUAUAAAACGCCACAUCUCACUAAGCCUUUUCUAGAAGACGUAGAAAACCCAAAAAUAGACACGUCUAGUAACAGAAUAUGCAGAUUCUUACAGAUACGCCUCGUUACCUGGUGCUGUACAUCUGAUGUUUUAGUUUUCACGCUUUUAAUGGAAACUAUGUGCCCAUUUAGCUGACGUAAAGCUGGAAACAUUUUCAGGAGAUUUAUUAUUUUCAGGAUACAUAAUCUGUUUUUGAAGAUUUUGUGCUGAACCCCGGUUGGGAUCUUUUCCGGUGCCUGGUAGCGGCCCGUAACGGGCACCCUACAUGUCCCUCUCUGCUAUUUACAAAGAUGAACUUCAUUUCUACUAGCUGUUUUGUGUUUGUUUCUGAGAAGUGAUUGGCGGAUGUUUUCUCACUGUGGUUGGUUGUGAGUGUCAGGCUCUGUACUUUAACGCCUGUCAUGGUUCUUUGCCUGUUGUGUGCUUUUGGGAAGAUUUUUUUUUUUCUUUUUGUAAUGCUGUUUUAAAGCUUCUGGCUGAGGAUUAUUUUUAUGGAGGUAGCUGCAAUUCUUCUCACUACUAUAUUGAUACCUUAUUUUUGUGUCUUUAAAAUAUCUUUAUUUAGCCUCAACUGCUUAGUUCAACUGUAUUUUGUACUGGUAAAAAGUGUAAUAAAUUUGUGUAAACCA